GGCAUGCCGAAGAAAGUCUGCUUCUCUCAUCCCCUCGGCAUUUCAUUAUAUUUCAUGUCGUUUGCCCGCCAUCGUCUCCACGGGCAGAGCCGAAGGAGACCAAGCAAUCGCCAGGAUGGGGAGUCCGGAGGACUGCACCCUGGCUACUUGCCCCGUGCCCGAGGGCUUCUUUUCAUCAUCGCCAUCCCUUGCCGGCAGCGCCGUUUUUCUUGUCGCCUUUUGCUUUCUAAUUCCCAUCAAUCUGUUCACCGGCAUCCGAUACAAAACGGCGCUCUACUCCUCCGCCAUCAUCGCAGGCUUGGCUUUCGAGGCCAUGGGACAUGUCGGAAGGAUUCUCCUGAGAUCUGAUUCUGCCAGCACUUUGUACUUUGUUCUCUACACGAUUGGUGUCAACAUGGGUCCAACCUUUAUCGCCGCGGCCAUCUUCCUGGUCCUACCUCAUAUCCUCGUCCUGUAUGGGAAGGAGUUCACCCUGAUUUCGCAGCCCAUUCGUUUCGCCGUUUUCUUUCUCGCCUUCGGCGCUUUCGCACUUGCUUUCCAGGCGGUGGGAGCCGCCUUCACAGCGACAGGGGGUAGCCGGGAAGAGAUUGUCCAAGGGACGAACGUACUCAUCACGGGCCUGGCGAUGCAAAUCUGCAGCAUCGCGCUGUUUUACACCGUCUAUUGGUAUUUCGUUUUUCGCCUUCACCACCGGCAAAAUAUCCUCGACCCCAAGUACUCCCAAUUGUACUCUUCUGCCAAGUUCGGCGUCUUUCUCUUAUUCAUUCAACUUGCAGCGGCCUUCCUCCUCAUCCGAACCGGCGUCCGAGUAGCCGCACUCACCGGCGGGCUCGGCGGCGCCCUGUCACAGUCCGAGAUCGUCUCCUCGCUGUUCGACGGCGCCCUGGUGCUCUUUGCCUGCUCCAUCCUUUCCAUACUCCCGGCGGGCGCCGUGUUCGGCGACACCUGGGAGGAGACCUGCCCUUUCACCUCCACCGCCGACGACCAGACCCUACCCCUGCGUCGGCCGAGGGAUCAACAAGGCCGCGCCCACCAGAGGGAUAUCUCGCCGCCAUUCCCGGCGAUGGUCCCCAACACCUACCAGCCCCGUCGACCCCCUUAUAGGCCGGCCGGGCCGCCACCCCGGCCGCCACAGUACGUGGCGUCGCCGGGCUCGCCACCCCGUCUAGCCCCGAGUUUGGGCCGGGCGCCGGGCACCCCAGUACGCAAUGGACGGCCCAGCUUGGUCAAGGCUGAUAACUUGUGGUGAGCCUGUGGCGUCAUAUGAUACUCAUGAUCAACAAUAUUUUACGACAAAGAGGGAAUAAAUUGAAUAUAUGGUGACCGAAGCGUUUGGUCAGGUCUGUCGUGCUUCCUGGGCGGACUCUCUUUUUGAGCAGAAGCACAGUCUCUUAUGAUUGUUUCUUUGCAAUACCCCGGUCUUUAUCUCACUUGCCAGUUAGGCUGGCUACGUAAUUCUUUCUAUGUUU